AUUCUCUCUCUUUCUCAUCUGCGACGUCUAAUUUCCCAAAUUUCUCAGAGAGACUCAAAUCACCACCACCACCAAAAUCGCCGCCAUGUUGAAACAAGCUUCUCGUCUCCUCUCCCGAUCUGUCGCCGCCGCAUCUGCCAAAUCGGCGACGACUCGUGCCUUUUCAACGGAACUUCCAUCGACGCUCGAUUCGACUUUCGUCGAGGCAUGGAAGAAAGUCGCACCGAAUAUGGAACCACCGCAGACUCCUUCUGCUUUCAUGAAACCUCGUCCUUCGACUCCUUCUUCUAUCCCAACGAAGCUCACCGUCAAUUUUGUCCUUCCUUACACAUCUGAGCUUACCGGGAAAGAGGUCGACAUGGUCAUCAUUCCCGCAUCAACAGGGCAAAUGGGUGUCUUGCCCGGACACGUUCCAACAAUUGCUGAGCUAAAACCCGGUAUUAUGUCUGUCCAUGAAGGCACUGACGUGAAGAAAUACUUCCUGAGCAGUGGUUUUGCAUUCCUCCACGCAAAUUCAGUCGCCGACAUAAUCGCGGUUGAAGCUGUACCACUUGACCACAUUGACCCUAGCCAAGUCCAAAAGGGUUUAGCUGAGUUCCAACAGAAACUUGCUUCUGCCACAACAGAUCUUGAGAAAGCAGAGGCACAGAUUGGUGUUGAGGUUCACAGUGCCAUCAAUGCAGCUCUCUCGGGCUAAAAGAAGGUUACUCUCUUUCUUUAUUUCUUCGAAGAAAAAAAAAAAAACUAAAUCAUUUGGCUUUUCAAGUGAUUAGUGAAGUCCCUUUUUACUACUACAAAGGAUGGAAUAAACUAGAAAUUGAUUUUUCUUGUUUAAUUGUGUUGGACGUUUGUUUGAAUAAAUGAUUUUGUUUUAAGGGGCACAAACCCAAAAAAGUUUCUUGUGUUCAUAUCUCUGCACCUUUGUUUUUGGGUAUGACUUUGUUGUGUUGAGAAACUAAGUUGGAAUCUAUUUAAGGUUUCGUUUCCUAA